AUGACCUCGACCACGAACGAGGCUUCGCCUGACACCGCGAAGGCUCAUUCCGAUACCGACUCUUCUGGCGAACCUAUCUUGACACCUCCAGACUCGGAAGCCAGGUUCCCUACUACCCAUCUCCCUGAGCCAUCACAGCGCCGAACGUCUCCAUCUCCACUUCGAAUCUCGUCUCUUCCACAAGACAUCAAAGAAGAAUUCAGGCCCGAGAAUCGAACUGAGGCUGUUGACUGGUCAGAAGCAGGGGAGGAGGCAUUGGGAAGCGAUCUUGAUUUUGACGAGGACGAUAUGGCUGGCAUUCGGCCCUCCAUGCACCGUCCUACAGAUGGGCGGUCACAACAGCCGUUAUUGAAGGAUGAAGGUCGAGGACGAUCAGAAUUCGAGUCGACCAACGGCAGUGCCCGGCCAGCUUUAGCAUCUAGACGCAACACAUUUCGUUCCCGAUCUCCUUCUUAUACUGAUCCUGCGAAUGCCACUAGGAGGAAAUACAUCUAUGCAUCUUUUUUCUUGCUCCUUUCCCUCAUCUCCUUUGUAGUACAAACGGAAACCGCCGUCUACAUACAACAUACACUGGGUUGGAAAAAGGCAUACUGCAUGUUGUGGUUGACGCACGGAUCGUGGUCCUUGUUAUACCCUGCUCAACUUCUCAUCUUGCGAAUACAGAAGCGGAAGCUGUCAUGGCCGGCGUUCUGGCGGAGACACAAAUACCAGAUACGGACAACUGCCCAGAUGGUCGAACAUCAACAACUGCAUCUUACCAGUUCAGCCAAGAAUAAAUCCCCAACCUCAUACAUCAUCCGCAAAACCGUGUUUGUUUCCACAGCCCUUACCAUCGCUGGCGCAAGCUGGUAUGUGGCUGUCGACCUAACCACUCCCAGCGACCUAACAGCCAUUUACAACUGCUCCGCAUUCUUCGCCUACGUCUUCAGCAUUAUGCUCCUCCACGACAAACUCCGCCUCGACAAAGCCAUCGCCGUUGCCGUCGCCAUCGCCGGCGUCCUCGUCGUAGCCUACGGCGACAAAAAGGACCCCAAACACGCCGGCCCUCACGGCGGCGCCUCAGGCGGUGGGCCCCAAGACGACGACGGGGCCACCGAAGCCAAGAACCGAACAGCCGGCAACCUGAUCAUCGGCAUCGGCAGCGUCCUCUACGGACUCUACGAAGUCCUCUACAAGAAAUGGGCCUGCCCUCCCGAAGGCACCUCGCCAGGCCGCGGCAUGAUCUUCGCCAACACCUUCGGCUCUCUCAUCGGCCUCUUCACUCUCACCGUGCUCUGGAUCCCCCUCCCGAUCCUGCACGUCACGGGUCUCGAACCCUUCGAGAUCCCCCCACCCCACACCGCGGGUCUUCUCCUCAUCUCCACCAUCUCCAACGCGGUCUUCAGCGGUUCGUUCCUCGUGCUCAUGAGCUUGACCAGUCCGGUCCUCAGUUCCGUAGCGGCGCUGCUGACCAUCUUCCUGGUGGCAAUCACGGAUUCAUUCUUGCAUCCGGAGAGGUCGUUGAGUGCCGCCGCGAUCGGGGGUGGGAGCAUGAUUAUCGUGGCGUUUGUGCUGUUGAGUUGGGCUACUUAUCGCGAGAUGGAUCAGGAGAGGAAGAGGAUGGAGGCGGAUGAAGGGGUGAUUACUGAUGACGAGGAGGAUUGA